CACCACCUCCACCACCUCCACCACCACCACAGCACCCGUCCGCUCCUUAGUAUCCUUUCUGCACCCUCCUGUUGAGUACGUGAUGCGAGCUUGACAAGGCACAUAAUCCGGCGUGUUCUCGUGGUUUGCGUGUCGGGCGGCAGAGCGUGUCUGCGUUCUGAGCAAAUUGCGACGUCCGCGCAGUGAGGCGCUGGUCUGUCGCUUUCUGACUGCAAUUUGCACUUCUCGCCGCGCUCGUCACGGCUGGAGUAUUCUAAGCACUCUCUGCACCAAAUAUCUUGUGGCCGGCGCCGACAUUUUAAGUCGCGCCGUGCAUCCUCAUCCUCACGCCCUCCGCCCACCUUUGCGUGGGCAGCCAGGGGUCGUCGCGGCUGAGUCUGCGCCUGUCACAUCCACAGACAUAUCAUCACCACAGACGCUACAGAGACAAAGAGACACGCACGCGGACACUCCGUUCCGCGCCCAGCUGCGCGCGGUGCGCGUGUCAGGACAGCAGCACAUGGUCCGCGGCGUGCCAGCGAGACAUCUCGGCCAGCAAUAGUCAGGCCCAACUCGGAUCUUGCAAGUGUCUCUGAGCCCAAAAAGGAAGGCUCCACUUUUUCGCUUUCUGGUCCGUGCACCCUCACACUCUCUUGAAGAUGGAUUCCCGCAUGCCGAACAGCAAUGAUGGAUAUGCCAACAACGCUCUGUUCGCCGAUAGUCAACAGCAGUACAAUUCAUAUGACAUCUUCCAGAGUGGCAACGAGUUUUCCAAUCCCAACAACGAUGCUAGCUGGGGCCUAAACGCCAGCAACUUCAAUUCCGUCGAUCAAUCACGUGCGCAGCACCCGCCCGCAGUGCCAAGCUGGCAGCAGCAGAACAAUCCUCUCGCUGCUCAGUCUGCCUACGAUGGGACCUCCUCGCCAUACGGAAGAUCGAUAAACCAGAGCCCUGGAGCCUUCACACAGUCCAAUUUCGGCAACAUCGGAGCUCAACAGGCCUACCCAUAUCGACAACAACAGUUCGCUGCUCCACAUCUCAACCAAGGAAAUGAUGGCCAGGCCUUCCACAAUGGCUUCGUUUCUUCAGGACAAGCCGCCAACACGAUUGCUCCUCAUGCUCUCAACCACCACCAGCAGCGACCGAAUGAAGGCAACUACAUGCCUUCAGCUGCUCACGCCGCAUACCAGAACAGAAUGCCCCUUGUUCAGCAACCAGCUCGCCGAAUUGAUCACAAAGUGCUUGCUAGUGCGAUACCGAAGAGUGCUCCGGCUGGCAUGUUCUCGAUCAUCAACUUCGACGAGCUGUCUCGUGCGACCAACUCCGAGCGAAUGAGCAAUGGCGCAUUUGUUAGCAUCGGAAAAGAACCUAUUGAAUGGGACGUCACACGCAGUGCCAUCCCUGCAUACGUACAUCGACGCUCACGGAAUGAGCUACGCAAACUCGCGGCAAACAACCCUGCUGCACUUGCUAAGAUUGGCAAGAAGUCCAAGACUGUUACCGCAUCUCGGAGUUCCGGAGAGCAGAUCAAGUACGAGCAAUCUUCAAGUGACGACUCAUCUUCGUCCGACGACGGGUCCGACUACUCCGAUGAAGAUGACGAUGUCGAUUCACCAUUGCCGGCGAAGCGGCCCGACUCCCCCAGAGGCGGCGUAGAGUACGAUGUCAUCAAGGCCCUUUGGCGCAACAAGCGCAAAUCAGUCGAUGGUGCCACGAUAAGAAAGUGCAUGGCCGAAUUCUGGGAAAUCAUCAAAACCAUACGGGACCGAUGGAAGACCGACACGGCUGCUCUUACCGAGGCGGAGAAGCAGGAGAAGACCGGCGAGCUCCCGUUGCUCAAGAGUCGAGUCAAGGACCAGCGCGACAUGGCGGAGACAGCCUUCCGGGCUGCAUUCAAAUAUGGACACCGCGCCAUUAUCGAACUACUUGCCGAAGGACUCCCACUCGUCUACAUUUUCUAUCAGUUCUUACGCGACCGAGUCGUUGCUGAAGAUCAAAAUGGACCACUAUCUCGCGCCAUUCUGGAGCUCAUGGCUGCAUGCUCCACCCUCACCCGAGAGAAGCUGGAGAAAACCAAUCUCGAAAAGGUGCUGCCGCGAGUACAGAAGAAAGGAGAUGCCAAGACACAAUUCUUUGCGAAAAAGAUUCUCGCGAAUGCAGAGAUUGCUUCCAAAGAGGCCGCGGCCAACAAGAAGAAUGAGAAGCCCGCUGGCGAUCGUACUUCAACCACAAAAGCCGACAGCCCGCCGAAGAAGUCGACGGUAGAGCCGGUGGCUGGUGUCAAACGCUCGGCGGCCGCGGCUUCGAAUACUGAUGGAGGAGCCGCGAAGAAGGUCGCAACUGGUGCAGCAAAGACCAAUGGCGCAGCUACCACCGCACGAAUCACUGGUAAUGGUGUUGUCAAGAAGACGGAAGCCGGCAAAGCCACGACGGCAACGACGGCUCCUACGAAGAAAGCUGUCGUUGCAAAGCCCUCUACCUUCUUCUCAAGCCUGCAGUCGGCCAAGAAGCCUGGCACCUCGAAUGCAGAGAGGAAUGCGAAGACUACAGGAGCCAAACCACCUGGGGCAAACGCCGCUGCUCCGACACCGAAGCCAGCAUUUUCUUUCGCAGAGACCAUGGCCAAUCUGGCCAAGCCAAAGAAGGAAGAGGUUAAACCUGUAAAGCAAGCCACCCCGCAGCGACCAGAAGAGACACCAGAAGAGCGCGCCAAGCGUUUGCGCAAGGAACAGCGGCGGAAGCUGCAUGUUUCCUUCAAGACUGGAGAAGAUCUCGUGCAGAUACGUUACUUCACUCAUGAUCCUGCCGAGGAAAUUGAUCACAACUCGAGCCAGAUGCGUGACAUGUCUGAUGUCGCAGGAGAGGGCAGAAUGCUCAAGCAGAAGCACCAACUUAUGGAUCUUGACGAAGACGAGGACGAGGCUGAGGAGAGUACCAAUCUCAUCGAAUUCCGAGCCCCAUCCCAAGUGGACUUCACCGUGAUCGAAAAGCGAGAGCGCGAUCGGGCGUACGCUCCUUAUGCCGGAGGCGCCCUGCAGCCGCAAUCGACCGAACGUGCCAAGCGCGAGCAGUAUGAGAAUAACAACCUCUUGCAGUUCUACAGCGACCGCAGCGAGAUCCCACCCAACCCCAAGGAGCCCGAGAACCCGUACAACGGAGACCAAGGCGAGCCGAUUAGGGCGUUUGGUGCGCUUGACGACAAGUGGAUGGCUCGUGCGCGUGAGAUCGCAUCGCGACGUGGUCAGCAGCCAUUUUUCCAGCAAACCGCGUAUGGGCAACCUCCACAACCACCCGCAGGCUUCGGACUUCCAAACUUCAUGGGUGGCCAGCCGCAACAGCAGCAGCCUACUGCUGCCGCGCCCAUCGAUGUUGGUGCUAUUCUUGCUUCCCUAGGCCAACUCGCUCCACAGCCGACGAGUUAUCAGCAACCACAAUCUGGAAUGCCGGCUUUUGCUCCACCGUUCAUGGGCGCAAAUGGCUUCCAACCUCCCCCUCCACCACCUCCGCCGCAGCCUGCUGCUCCACCGGGACAGAUCGAUCUUGCUGCUAUCUUGGCGCAGAUCCAGCAGCCACAGCAGCAGCAGAACUUUGCUGCUCAGCCGGCAAAUCCACAGGCGACGAACCCCAACUACAAGACCAAGGUCUGUCGCUUCUACAAGGAGGGCAAAUGUCAGAAGGGGGACGCAUGCAGUUACAUUCAUGACUAA